CCCUGACAGUUCGAACGACCUUGAUACAACACUGCCUGUCCUUGCCAUGGACCGUCCUCCAGUCCGUAAAACCUAUGCUCGCAAACCACGCGUUGAGGCGCCCAUGAGCGAAGAUACGCUCGACUCGCCGCCUCGCAAACGCGUCAAGAAGGAGAACGACCCCACCGUCUUCGCUCCCCGCCUAGAUCCCCUGAGUCCCCCUCCCUCAAGCUCACCCCCAGAACCUGAAAUCUCUCCCAUCCGACGAAGGACUACGAUCCCCAAACUUCCUGGACUCAAGCGGAAAAGCACCAGCACCACUUCGUCGGGCAAAUCAAUCCCAAACCCAAAAACCACCCAGAAGAUCGCAGGAGGAGGAACAUUGACACAACUGUACCUCGACCUUGGGCAGAGAGUAAAGACGACAUGUACACAAUGCAAUAUGUCCUACUCCCCCCAAAACCCCGAAGACAACGCCCUCCACUCCAAAUUCCACGCCAAAUCCGUCGGGGGGGUUGAUUUCCCAUCUCCACUCGCCGCCGAUGCAUGCUGGACUGGAGAAAAUGGAGACAGGGUCGUCGCGGUCGAUCGUGAGUCGGAUGUGCGACUUAGGAGGAAGUGUACGGAGGUCAUGGAGGUUGUGAAUACGGAACUGGGGGCAGCGCAAAAAGGUGGGGUGGGCACAGGAACGGGAGGGGAGUGGUUAGGGAAGGAAGGGAAAGGGUAUAAAUGUUUCUUGUACGUGAAGGGGAAGAAGGUCGUCGGUGCACUACUCGCCGAACGCAUCACGGAAGCCUACCUAACCCUCCCCGACUCGACCUUCCCACCGCCAGACUCCUCCUCCUCACCCGGCGAACCCGCCACGAAACCAACCCCAACCCCAACACACACCUCAACCUCAAUCUCCCUCUCACCAACCCCCCAUUCAUCUCUCCUCGGUAUCUCCCGAAUCUGGACCUCACACUCCCACCGCCGUCAACGGAUCGCAUCAACGCUUUUAGAGGUCGCAAGAGAGAACUUCGUGUUUGGGGUUAGGGUUGGGAGGGAGAUGGUUGCGUUUAGUCAGACGACGGGGAGUGGGAAGGGGUUGGCGGAGAGUUUCGUUGGAGGGCGGUUUGCGGUUUAUGUUGAGAGGGUGUGAUGGGGUGAAGAUGAGGGUAGGGCAUCGAUGGACGAUCGAGACAAGGGUGUUUUUUAGGGCACGGACAUUAUUGGCGUUUUUGGCUUUGGUUGCGCAUGGCGAAUGGGAAUUUUUAUGGACGAUUGAUAUGGAGCCUCUACGAAUACAACGGGUGC